CUGCCCUCCCGCCUCACCCUCGCCUCCUCGCCAUGGCCGCCUCCACCCUGUCCCUGUGCUCCAGCGACCUGAGCUAUGACAGCCGGGUCUGCCUGCCCGCGUGCUGCGACUCCUGCCCCGAGUCUUCCUGGCAGGGGGACGACUGCCCGGAGGAGAGCUGCUGCCCGCCGCCAUGCUGCCCCUGCGGCCCCUGCCCGACCCUCCUCUGCUCCCCCGUGAGCUGUGGCUGCAGCCCCUGCCCCUGCCCCUGCCCCUGCGGCCCCUCCUGCUGCCAGCCCUGCUGUGUGCCCGCCUGCUGCAAGCCCGUCUGCUGCAAGCCCGUGUGCUGCAAGCCCGUGUGCUGCACGUCCGUCUGCUGCAAGCCUGUGUGCUGUGUUCCCACCUGCUGCCAGCCCGUCUGCUGCAAGCCCGUGUGCUGUGUGCCCGCCUGCUGCCAGCCUGUGUGCUGCAAGCCCGUGUGCUGCGUGCCCGCCUGCUGCCAGCCUGUGUGCUGCAAGCCCGUGUGCUGGGAAGCCUCCCCCUGCUCAGGCCCCUUGUGCCGCCCGCCCUGCUGCAGCCCCUGCCCGCCCGCCUGCUGUGGGGGGUCCCCCUGCCGGCCCUCAUCCAGCGUGUCCCUGCUGUGCUGCCCUGCGUGCUGUGCCCCCGUGUGCCCGUGCCCGUGCCGCUCCUCCAGCGUGUCCCUGCUGUGCCGGCCCGCCUGCCCCCGCCCCUGCCCCGCCUGCUGUGAGCAGGCGGGGCAGGGGCGGGGGCAGGCGGGCCGGCACAGCAGGGACACGCUGGAGGAGCGGCACGGGCACGGGCACGCGGGGGCACAGCACGCAGGGCGGCACAGCAGGGACACGCUGGAUGAGGGCCGGCAGGGGGACCCCCCACAGCAGGUGGGCGGGCAGGGGCUGCAGCAGGGCGGGCGGCACGAGGGGCCUGAGCAGGGGGAGGCCUCGCAACAGAUGGGCACGCAGCACAUGGGCUUGCAGCACACGGGCUGGCAGCAGGCGGGCACGCAGCACACGGGCUUGCAGCACACGUGCUGGCAGCAGGCGGGCACACAGCACACGGGCUUGCAGCACACGGGCUGGCAGCAGGCGGGCACGCAGCACACAGGCUUGCAGCACACAGGCUGGCAGCAGGCGGGCACACAGCAGGGCUGGCAGCAGGAGGGGCCGCAGGGGCAGGCCGGCUGGCAGGGGCCGCAGCCACAGCUCACGGGGGAGCAGAGGAGGGUCGGGCAGGGGCCGCAGGGGCGGCAGGGCGGCUGGCAGCAGCUCUCCUCCGGGCAGUCGUCCCCCUGCCAGGAAGACUCAGGGCAGGAGUCGCAGGACGCGGCAGCCUGGCCCUGCCGCCCCAAGGGCCUGGGUGUGGGAGGGGACGGGCGCUGCGGGAACCACACGCCUUGGCUCGGCGCCGUUCCGGGUCCCUGCCUGUGCUGCACAACAGCCCGGAAUAGCCGGGAAUGUGCCCGGGGGCUAAAGAGGCCAGGUGAGGCCAGCCCCCAAACACCUGCAGGAGGCGGCGGGGCAGGUGGGACAGCUCCGUGCCGCACACAGGCCAAGCCUCCUCACACUCACACCCGCUCCCUCGUCCCGCCUCACCCUCGCCUCCUCGCCAUGGCCGCCUCCACCCUGUCCCUGUGCUCCAGCGACCUGAGCUACGACAGCCGGGUCUGCCUGCCCGCGUCCUGCGACUCCUGCUCCGAGUCUUCCAGGCAGGGGGACGACUGCCCGGAGGAGAGCUGCUGCCCGCUGCCCUGCUGCCCCUGCGGCCCCUGCCCGACCCUCCUCUGCUCCCCCGUGAGCUGUGGCUGCAGCCCCUGCCAGCCGGCCUGCCCCUGCCCCUGCGGCCCCUCCUGCUGCCAGCCCUGCUGUGUGCCUGCCUGCUGCCAGCCUGUGUGCUACAAGCCCAUUUGCUGCGUGCCCGCCUGCUGCCAGCCCGUGUGCUGCAAGCCCGUGUGCUGUGUGCCCGCCUGCUGCCAGCCCGUGUGCUGCAUGCCCGCCUGCUGCCAGCCCGUGUGCUGCAAGCCCGUGUGCUGUGUGCCCGCCUGCUGCCAGCCCGUGUGCUGCGUGCCCGCCUGCUGCCAGCCCGUGUGCUGCAAGCCCGUGUGCUGUGUGCCCGCCUGCUGCCAGCCCGUGUGCUGUGUGCCCGCCUGCUGCCAGCCCGUGUGCUGCAAGCCCGUGUGCUGUGUGCCCACCUGCUGCCAGCCCGUGUGCUGCAAGCCCAUGUGCUGCGUGCCCGCCUGCUGCGAGGCCUCCCCCUGCUCAGGCCCCUCGUGCUGCCCGCCCUGCUGCAGCCCCUGCCCGCCCGCCUGCUGUGGGGGGUCCCCCUGGCGCCCUCGUCCGGCAUGUCCCUGCUGUGCCCCCGCCCCUGCCCAAGCCAGCACUAUGAGUCCACUAUUCCUGGCGGCUGCUAUUUUCUUCAACGUCUAUUUUUCUUUCUUGAAUAGGACAAGGA